AUUUUAUUUUAUUUCAACUCUUCAAGAACAAAACCAAGAAAAAAAAGAAUAAUAAAAUCUCCAAUUUUCUUUUCCAUUACUAUAUUAAUUACUUUUAAUUCAAUUCAUACACUCAUACAUAGAUAAUAGACUAAUAAUUUAAUUUAAUUUUUUCUUUUUGUUUGACGAAAAAGUUUGCCAAUCCACGGCCGCAUAUUUCAAUCUCAAUCUCACUCCUAAUAAACCUAAUCAAUCAUUACAAAUCUUCAGAAAGCAAAUUCAAUCUCUAAUUUUGUAAAUUUGGGGAGUUCGAUCUGUCCAUGAGCUGCUGAUUUUGAUAUCUAGGGUUUGUUUCGAAGAAAUGGAAGUAGCUGGCGGCCGCGGCGGUGGUGGUGAUAGUGCCGGCGAUGGUUCGGAGGCGGAGAAGAAGACGGCAGAAGGAGGAGGAGGAGAAGUUAAUAAGUCUAAAAGGAAAAUGAAAACUGCUUCUCAGCUUGAGAUUCUUGAAAAAACUUAUGCUGUGGAGACUUAUCCAUCGGAGGAAUUGCGAGCUGAGCUUUCGGUACAGUUAGGGCUUACGGAUCGCCAGCUUCAAAUGUGGUUUUGUCAUAGACGUUUGAAGGACCGGAAGGGUCCGCCAAUUAAACGACAGAGGAAGGAUGAGUCACCGGCGCCAUCUGCGACUCAGGCUGGCCAGGAAAUGGGGGUGGAAACUGAGGUUAGAAAUGAAGUUGUGGCUAUGCAUGCUUCGGCGUCUAGUCCGUUUACUCAUGGAAUGGAUUCGAGGCGAGUUGUUACGAGGACUCCAGGGGUGGCUGUUGCAAGGAUUUCUACUGAUAUGUCGGCAAUGAAGAGGUAUUAUGAAUCCCAGCAGUCUAUUUCUGAGCUUAGAGCCAUGGCCUUUGUGGAGGCUCAGUUGGGAGAGCCGUUUAGGGAGGAUGGUCCGAUUCUGGGAAUGGAGUUUGAUCCUCUACCGCCAGAUGCAUUUGGUGCACCUAUAGGAACAGCUGCUGUGGGGCAGCAGAAGCAUCCCGGAUGGGCAUUGGAGUCCAACUUAUAUGAGCACCCUGAUGUGAAAACUAUCAAGACUACAAGGCCUUUACAUGAAUACCAGUUUCUUCCACAGCAACCAACUGGUAGAGCAGAUGCAUAUGAGAGACUUACCCCAUCUUACCACUAUAGCUCACCAGCUGACAAUCAUAAUGUCAAGUCAACUGCAUUACCCUCAGCACGAUCAUUCAUGCAUGCAAAUGAGCAAGUAACCUCUGGAUAUGGUUUUUCAAGUCCGUUGCCGAGUUUGAAUCUUAUGCCCCAAGAAAGCAGACAGGGCCACCUCUUGCCAUCUUCUGCGACAGAAUAUGAUACUGUACUACGAAAAAGCUCAUUGACCAAUAUCGGUGUUGAUGCCCACCCUAUCACUGCACUGGACAAUCCAUUCACGCUACCUGAUAGAAGGGUUACUAUUGAUGAGGAUGUUUUGCGUAUUGAGAGAAAGCGCAAGAGUGAGGAGGCAAGGAUAGCUCGUGAAGUUGAAGCCCAUGAGAAGAGGAUUCGAAAGGAGCUUGAAAAGCAAGAUAUCUUGAGGCGAAAGAGGGAGGAGCAGAUAAAGAAAGAAAUGGAAAGGCAUGACCGAGAAAGGCGGAAGGAAGAAGAAAGGUUAUUGCGUGAGAAACAGCGAGAAGAGGAGAGGUAUCAGAGGGAGCAAAGGCGUGAACUAGAGCGUAGAGAGAGAUACUUACAGAAGGAGUCUAUGAGAGUUGAGAAAAUGCGACAAAAAGAAGAACUUCGCAGAGAAAAGGAGGCAGCUAGGCAAAAGGCUGCUACCCAGAGAGCAAUUGCACGUAGAAUUGCUAAAGAGUCUAUGGAAUUACUUGACGAUGAACGCAUAGAACUCAUGGAGUUAGCUGCCUCAAGCAAGGGAUUGCCUUCCGCAGUUUCUCUUGACUUUGAAACUUUGCAGAAUCUUGAUCUGUUUAGAGAUAAGCUGGUUGAGUUCCCUCCAAAAUCAGUUUUAUUGAAGAAGCCAUUUGCAAUUCAACCUUGGAAUGAUUCUGAGGAGAAUGUUGGGAAUCUUUUAAUGGUUUGGAGGUUUUUAAUUACCUUUACGGAUGUUCUUGGGUUGUGGCCAUUCACUUUGGAUGAGUUUGUCCAAGCUUUUCAUGAUUUUGAUCCAAGGCUAUUAGGUGAAAUUCAUGUUGCUCUUUUAAAAACCAUAAUUAAAGAUAUUGAAGAUGUUGCAAGGACACCUUCAACUGGAAUUGGGGCAAAUCAAAACAGUGCUGCCAAUCCUGGAGGUGGUCAUCCACAAAUUGUUGAAGGGGCGUAUGCUUGGGGUUUUGAUAUACGUAGCUGGCAGCGUCACUUAAAUCCAUUAACAUGGCCUGAAAUAUUGCGACAAUUUGCGCUCUCUGCUAGAUUUGGGCCACAGCUAAAGAAAAGAAAUGUCGAGCCAGGAUAUGUCCGUGAUGAAAAUGAGGGUAAUGAUGGUGAAGAUGUAAUUACUAAUUUACGCAAUGGAGCAGCAGCUGAGAAUGCGGUUGCUAUAAUGCAGGAAAGGGGAUUUUCUAAUUCACGCAGAUCUAGGCAUCGGUUGACACCUGGUACUGUCAAGUUUGCAGCAUUUCAUAUUCUUUCUCUUGAAGGAAGCAACGGUUUGACAAUAUUAGAAGUUGCCGAAAAGAUUCAGAAAUCUGGACUAAGGGAUCUUACAACAAGUAAGACACCGGAAGCUUCAAUUUCUGCUGCUUUGUCAAGAGACUCAAAAUUGUUUGAGAGAACGGCUCCAUCAACAUAUUGUGUGCAUCCACCGUAUAGGAAAGAUCCAGCUGAUUCAGAGGCAAUACUUGCAGCAGCAAGAGAAAGAAUCCGGAUUUUUAAAAGCGGUAUUGUAGAUGGAGAAGAUGCUGAUGAUGCAGAAAGGGAUGAAGAUUCUGAAAGUGACAUGGCAGAUGAUCCCGAUAUUGAAGAUUUAAGUACUGACUUGAACCCUAAGGCGGAGCUUCGCAAUUCUCCAGAUUCAACUAAACUCGGUGCAAAAACUUUGUCUGAAAACGGAAAUGAGAGUAGUGAUGUCAUUAAAACUCCCCAGGUCCGGCUUCCGGGUGAUAGUUUAUCUUCAGUGCAUUCUGACUGCAAUAUCGAUGUAAAAGGCAUUUCUGAUAUUACUGGAAUACUCAUUAACGUCAAAGAAGAAGAUGCAGAUAUUGAUGAAAGCAACCUUGGUGAACCAUGGGUUCAAGGACUAAUGGAGGGUGAGUAUUCUGAUCUGAGUGUUGAGGAGCGCCUUAAUGCACUUGUUGCAUUGAUUGGUGUGGCAAUUGAGGGGAACUCAAUCCGAGCUAUCCUUGAGGAGCGCUUAGAAGCAGCAACUGUUCUAAAGAAACAAAUGUGGGCAGAGGCGCAGCUUGAUAAACGGCGUAUGAAAGAAGAGUAUGUGAUGAAAAUGCACUACUCAUCAUUUACAGGAAGUAAGGUGGAACCUAACCUUACAAUGUCUACACCAGAGGUUAGGCAAAGCCCAUUGGUUAAUGUUAAUGAAAAAAGUGGUGAGAUGUCCGGGAAUGCUGUUACUCAGCAGGAACAGUCCAUUGAUCUUCGGAGCGAGAUGAAUUAUCUUAAUAAUAUGCCUUCUGGAGGAAACCUUCAAAUGCAAGAUCUCUCCAAUGGCCCAGAUAAUCUUCUAUAUAUGCAACAAGGACUUGCUACAGAUAAGUCUCGCUCACACUUUAAAUCCUUCAUUGGUCAUAAGGCAGAGGAGCUGUAUGUAUAUAGGUCAUUGCCUCUUGGUCAGGAUCGCAGACGUAAUAGGUACUGGCAAUUUACAACAUCUGAUUCUUGCAAUGAUCCUGGCUGUGGCAGAAUCUUUGUCGAGUUACAUGAUGGUCUUUGGAGGCUUAUAGAUUCUGAAAAGGGAUUUGAUUCGCUAUUGACAUCCUUGGAUGUACGUGGGGUUAGGGAAGCUCAUUUGCUUAUGAUGCUACAAAAAAUUGAAAUGUCGUUUAAAGCAGCUGUCAGGAAAAGGAUGUCAGGUGCUGUGAUAGAGAGAUACACUGGGGUUACUGCCAAAUCAGAAGCUGUCGAGAUGGUUACUGGUGCUGAUAGCCCAAGCAGCACUCUAUGUGUUGCAGAUUCUGACAUGUCCGAAACCUCAACAUCUUUUGCAGUUGAGCUUGGAAGGAAUCAAACCGAGAGGAAUCACGCCUUGAAGAGAUAUGAAGAUUUUGAGAAGUGGAUGUGGAAAGAAUGUUUUAAUUAUUCGGUAUUAUGUGCCAUGAAGUAUGGGAAGAAAAGAAGCAGCCAACUACUUAGUGUUUGCGAUUACUGCCAUGAAAUUUUAUUCGCUGAGGAUGACCAAUGUCCUUGCUGUAGGACAUGUGAGAAACUGAGGGUUGGUCUUGAUUAUGAUUGGCAGACAUCAGCUGUUCCAUUGAGGAUUAAAUUGCUUAAAAUGCUAUUAGCUAUGAUCAAGGUUUCUCUUCUGCCCGAAGCUCUUCAACCUGUUUGGACUAAUGUUUAUCGGAAAUCAUGGGGUAUGAAACUGCAACACUCAUCGUCAGUUGAAGACUUGCUUCAGAUUCUAACAUCUUUGGAGGGUUCUGUUAAGAGGGAUUAUUUAUCCUCAAAUUUUGAAACGACCAGUGAACUUCUGGGGUCGAGUCAUCCGUCUGGAGAUGCUGCUUAUGGUUCUUAUCAAAUAGAAAAUGUUCCCGUACUUCCAUGGUUACCACGAACAACGGCAGCAAUAGCUUUAAGAGUCAUGGAGUUCGAUUCAUCCAUUUCAUACGUACUGCAUCAAGAGGUGGAGUCCCUGAAGGAGAAGGGCAAUGGAGACCUCAUUAAUCGUCAAAAGUAUCCUCCGAAGUUUUCCAUUGUGAAAAGCCCGCAAGAUUAUGAAGCCAUUGAAACACCUCAGAGAGCUGGGUUAUUUCAAGAAGAUAAUUGGGCAGAUGUAGGGGUUAGUUCGGCUGGAAUCACCCGUGGACAGGGAAGCCGAGCCCGAGGUCGAAGUAGUACCAGUUGCACAAAGUCCCAACCAAGGGGGGUUGGUUCUAGGUCAGAAACAAGCAAGAGAAGUAUAACCGCAACCAAUAACAAAUCGGGGCAGAUAUUUUCAUGGAAAGGGAAAUCGCGUGCAAGAGGCCGUAAGCGUGGUCGUCGCACUGCAAAAAGUAGGCAAAAGCCGGUAAAGAGAGCUAUGGAUGUUGCUGCUCAGACGAGCAUUGCUAGAGAAUCAAUCUAUCGGAAAAUACCGACGAAUUUGGAAAGGGCUAAUUGGAAUGUAGAUGAAACAAGAUUCCAGUUACCCGAGGCUCAGAAUCUAAGCAGUUCCGAAAGAUCAGAGUAUGAUGAUGAAAAUGGUCAAGCUACGGGAGAUGAAUAUGAUCACUUGGUGGCUGAUGAUUAUGCUGUUGCUUUUAAUGGAAAGUCGGAUGACUUACUGGGAAGUGAUUAUAUUUUGGAUCCCAAUGAGGAAGAGGAAGACGAUGAAUAUGAAAUGGAUGUAAAUGACGAUGAUCAAGUAGACAUGGAUAUCGAAGGAUAUAUAAACGGGGACUCUGAUGACGACAUAAUCAGGGAUGGGAAUGAAGAACAGAAUGGGGAUCCAGACGAAGGCAUUGAAUCUUCGUCAUCAGGUUUCAGCGAUUAGCGACGAUUCGAGCAUAGAGUAUUUUUGAAGCACAAGAAAGCUGUUUCAAAUUUGUAUUUUGUAGUCUUCUACAUAUCAUCCUUAUGUAAUUGUAGUUCAUGUAUUUAUAGAAGAAAAUGUAAUUUGUGCAUAGCUGAUAACAUCUUCCAUGUUUUGGAAAUUAAUCAUCAAUCAAUAGUCUCCUUUCAACUUUUAAA